UUUUAGGAAGACAGUGGGACAAAAACGUGUGCAUCUCUGGGAUUUGUUUACUUUUGCUAUGCAAAUCGAUAUGUCAAUACGCUUUAUAAAACCAUUCGAUAUGUAUGCCGGGUCUUAAGAUCGAUUAAAUCUGUUUUAGUACAUCUGAAUGUUCUUCCUCUCGAUUGGGUGGAGUGUUUUUCUUCACUCUGUUGGGAUUCAUUACAGAAUAUCAUCUCCAUGAUGACCGCAGGGUUCAAGCUCACAUAUUAAGAUUAAAGAAAUUCAAACACAUCUGAGAUGGCAUGAGGAACCAUCAAUGUACAUUCUAGAAUUGUGUGAGUGGCCUAGCACAUAGGUGUCUCAGUGGCACCCUUUGGCAGUUGCCAUGGGGACAGCAUCCUCUCUGGUGAGCCCCGGUGAGGUAAUCGAGGAUGCGUACGGCGGUGAGGGUGGGGAGGCAUGUGAGAUACCAGUGGAGGUGAAACCAAAGGCACGUCUGCUGCGGAGUUCCUUCCGGCGUGGCCCUUCAAGCUUCAAAUCCACAGGUUCGGUGGAGCUUGAGUAUGCUGCCGAAUAUGAGCGCCUAAGGAAGGACUACGAGAUCUUCCGGGUCAGCAAGAACAAUGAGAUCACCUCCAUGCAGAAGAAGGAAGCCAAGCUGGAUGAGGAGAACAAGAGAUUGCGUGCCGAGCUGCAGGCUCUUCAGAAGACAUACCAGAAGAUUCUAAGAGAGAAGGAGAGCGCACUGGAGGCAAAGUAUCAAGCUAUGGAGAGAGCUGCCACGUUUGAGCAUGACAGAGACAAAGUUAAACGUCAGUUUAAGAUAUUCAGAGAAACAAAAGAGAAGGAAAUUCAGGAUUUGCUCCGGGCGAAACGAGAUCUGGAGUCGAAACUUCAACAGCUGCAGGCUCAGGGAAUACUUAUUUACGAUCCUGCAGACUCAGAUUCAGAUGACAACCAGACCACUGUUACCACUGCAGGCACUCAGUGUGAGUACUGGAGUGGUGGUGUGUUGGGGAGUGAGCCGUCCAUGGGCAGUAUGAUGCAGUUACAGCAGACAUACAGAGGCCCAGAGUUCGCUCACAGUCUCAUCGACGUGGAAGGGCCAUUCGCUAAUGUCAGCAGAGAUGAUUGGGAUGCGGCUGUGGCCAGCCUGUUGCAAGUUUCCCCUCAUGUCUCUCAGGCUUUGUGGAGUAACACAGUUCGCUGCUACUUCAUAACCACAAAGGAGACCAGAGCAGAGUUACAGACCUUUAUAGAGACUUAUUCUUUAAGGCUGAAGAUGUUUUGUGAGAGUUUGGGUCAUUUCUAUCUGAAUGUGUCAUUUCCUGAGGAGAAGGCUGUUCUGUAUGCUGCUGAACGCAUACAGGAGAUCGAGAGGAGCUCCGUGUGUGUGCUGCUACUCAAGUCCUCAGUGUCCAGUUGUGUUGUAGAGGAUGUGGAAGAAGCCUUUGUGAAGACCCCAGACUCUCGUCCUCUCUUGCUGUAUUUGCGUACUGGAGACAGAAAAGGAGAGAAGGAGGAGGCCUCCACUCUCAACCCUGCCACCAGAGAACUGCUGGAAAGAAUUAACAAGGCUGACAAGAGUGCCAAGCUUAAGGUGGUGGAUCAUGCAGGAUCUUCUGAGGAAGGAGCUGCUCUGAUCUUCUCUCAGCUCGAAAGAAUAAUCAAACAGGAGUUGUUGGGGUUGGAGUUAGAAGAGUGUGGUGCGGUGGAGGAGAGAGAGGAGGAAGAUUCUGGUGAUGUGCUCUGGGAUCUUCAUGAUGAGCAGGAACAGAUAGAGGCACUCCAACAGGCAUGCAGUUCUGCAGCCAAAUUCAGCUUUCAAAAGUAUGUUGACCGACUGAAUGACAUGGUAGCCGCCCCGCCACCCACCCCACCACUGCUAGUGUCUGGUGCACCUGGAUCAGGGAAAUCACUUUUGCUUGCUAAAUGGAUAGAAUUACAGCAGAAAAACUCUCCCAACACUCUCAUUCUCUAUCACUUUACUGGACAUCCUCUCUCUACCAGCGCAGAUCCUGUGCUCAUCAUUAAACGACUCACAGUGAAGCUUCUCCAGCAUUUCUGGUCUAUCUCUGGUCUCUCAAUGGACCCUUCUAAGAUUCUCGAGGAAUUCCCACGCUGGCUAGAGCGACUGUCUGCACGUCACCACGGCAACAUCAUAAUCAUCAUUGACUCCAUUGACCAAAUACAGAACGCAGAGCGCCAUAUGAAGUGGCUGAUUGAUCCUCUUCCUGCUAAUGUAAGAGUGCUUGUGUCCGUUAAUGUGGAGACCUGCCCACAGGCAUGGAGGCUGUGGCCCACACUGCACCUGGACCCUCUAAAUCCCAGAGAGGUCAAGAGUGUCAUCAGUGCCGAGUGUUUGAGCACAGACAUCAAACUCACCAAAGACCAGGAAAAGAAGUUGGAGAGACUCUGCCGUUCAGCUGCAACAUGCAACGCUCUCUAUAUCUCUUUAUUGGCCAGACUCAUUACACACUCCAGAUCCUCUUGGACAUUGGAAAGGACUCUACACCAGUGUGUUUUGUCUCAGGAUACAGUAUCACUGUACAGACUGGGCCUGAAAGUGGCACUAGACUCACUCAGCACUGAUCAGGAAAAGCAUGUCAUGAGAGAGUUAUUGUGCCUGGUAUGUGCUAGUCACAAUGGUAUCAGCGAGUCAGAGACAUUGGAGUUGUUCCCAGAACUGAGUUUCCCUGCUCUCACCUCAGUGCUCCAUAAUCUACAGAGAUUGCUCACCAUUACUUAUGCCUGUGGCCUCAUACGCUUCCAACACCCACAGGCAUGUGAGGCGGUCAACCAAGAGUUUAUGGAUGUGGGGAAAUGCUGUGGAUACUACAGAAAUACACUCAUUCAGUUCUUCAGUCAACAGCUGGAUCAAGAUAGAGUAACAUGGCGUGUGGCUGAUGAGUUGCCGUGGUUACUGCAGCAGCAGGAAGAUGGAAGUAAACUCCAGAUAAGUCUGCUUAACCUGUUUGUGUCCCAGAACCUCUACAAGAGGGGUCAUUUCUCAGAGCUGCUGGCAUACUGGCAGUUUGUUGGCAAGGACAAGUGUUCCAUGGCGACAGAGUACUUUGACUCAUUAAAAAUGUUUGAGAAGACCUGCGAGAGUGAGCAGAGCAUGAGCCGACUGGCCAAUCUGUACGAGACACUGGGCCGCUUCCUCAAAGACCUGGGACUGCUCAGCCAGGCGGUAGCCCCCUUGCAGCGAUCCUUAGAGAUUCGCGAGACUGCUUUAGAUCCAGACCACCCCAGUGUCGCUCAGUCCCUUCACCAGCUGGCGGGGGUUUACGUGAAUUGGAGGAAAUUCGGAAACGCAGAGCAGUUGUACAAACAAGCUAUGGAAAUAUGUGAAAAUGCCUACGGACCAGAACACAGCACCGUCGCUAGAGAACUGGACUCACUCUCAUUACUCUACCAGAAGCAAAACAAGUAUGAGCAGGCUGAGAAAUUAAGAAAGAGAUCAGUCAAGAUUAGACAGAAAACCAUACGACAGAAGGGUCACAUGUACGGUUUUGCUCUUUUGAAACGCCGGGCGCUGCAGUUAGAGGAAUUAACUCUUGGUAAAGACUCUGCAGAUUGUGCCAAGACUCUAAAUGAACUUGGGGUUUUAUACUAUCUACAGAAUAAUCUAGAUGCCGCAAAGGUGUUCUUGAGUCGAUCGCUUGAGAUGCGUCAGCAUGUGCUGGGGCCAGAACACCCCGACUGUGCCCAGUCUCUAAACAACCUGGCUUCACUCCACAGUGAGAGGAAAGAGUACGAGAGCGCCGAAGAACUGUAUGAAAGGGCACUAGACAUCCGCAAACGAGCGCUCGCUCCUGACCACCCCUCUCUCGCCUACACUCUCAAACACUUAGCCAUGCUUUACAAGCGCAGGGGGAAACUAGAGAAGGCUGUACCUUUGUACGAAUUAGCUCUUGAUAUCAGAGAGAAGAGCUUUGGGCCCAAACACCCCAGUGUGGCCACAGCACUGGUUAACCUAGCCGUACUCUACUGCCAACUGAAGCAGCACAGUGAUGCAUUGCCUUUGUACGAGCGAGCCCUCAAGGUGUAUGAGGACAGUCUUGGGCGACUCCACCCACGUGUCGGAGAGACUUUAAAAAACCUGGCUGUACUCAGUUAUGAAGAGGGAGAUUUCGAGAAGGCUGCAGAAUUGUAUAAACGAGCCAUGGAGAUAAAGGAGGCGGAGCCAUCUCUGGUAUGCGGCAAAGCCCCCUCACAUCACUCAUCCAGUGGCGAUACCUUUAGCCUUCGAAGCCCCGCCCUACCUCACACCACAAGGUGA